CCACACACUCUCUCUCUCUCUCUCUACUUAAAGCUAAAAUCUUGCUUCUGACCGUUUGCACAUCACUCCCUCUCUCUCCCCCCCUCUCUUUCUCUCUCUCUCCCCGCAACUGACGUCGCCGUCGUCGGUUCUUCUUUCCUCUGCUUCCGCUCCCACGGUGAUGUGAGUGCGCCCCCCCCCCAACCGCCAUCGCUCCGCCGGGCGAAGUAAGGGAAUGGCGUACAUGUGCGCCGACAGCGGUAACCUCAUGGCCAUCGCCCAGCAAGUCAUCAAGCAGAAGCAGCAGCAGGAGCAGCAGCAGCAGCAGCAGCAGAACCACCCCCACCACCACCACCACCACCACCAGCACCUCCUCUUGGGCAUCAACUCCUUCUCCCUCAGCCCAUGGACCGCCGCCGCCGCCGCCGCCGCCUCCUCGGCCUCCGCCUCCGCCUCCUCCAACGCCAGCUCCCCCAAUUUCGGGCCCCCGGCCUUCCCCGACCCCUUCCAGGUCGCCUCCGGGGCGGAUCCCGCCUUCCCCUUCCCCGGCCUCGACCACCACCACCCCUCCGGCGGCGGCGGCGGGUUCCGCUUCGGCGGCGGGUUCGGCGGCGGCGAGUUCGACUCCGACGAGUGGAUGGAGAGCUUGAUGGGGAGCGGGGACUCCACGCCGGUGAGCUCCAGCCUGCCCUCCGCCUGCGACGCGUGGCAGAAUGCGGCGGCGGAUUUCGGGCUCUACUCGGCCGAUCCCUUCGUCGCCUGCCCGAGCCGGCUCGGGAACUCGGACCUCAACCGGGUCGUUAGCCCCACUUGGGCUGCGGAGCAGACGCCGCCUCCUCCUCCUCCGCCGGCGGCUGCGGAGGACUCCAAGCCGGCGAGGGUCUCGGCGUCGCCGCCGAGGCAGCCCAAGGGGGGCGACGCCGCCACGGCCGCCGUCGGGGCGUCUUCUGCUUCCGCCACGCUGGAGACCGAGCCGUCGCAGCCGCUGCUGAAGGCCCUCCUCGACUGCGCCCGGGUCAGCGAGUCCGACCCGGAGCUGGCCGCCAAGACGCUGGCUCGGCUCAGGGAAUCGGCGUCCGAGCGCGGAGAUGCGGCGGAGCGAGUGGCGUUCUACUUCUCCGAGGCCCUCCACAGUCGGCUCUCCCUCGAAGGAAGCCCCAUCGCGUCGUCGACGUCGCCGGAAGAGUUCACGCUCUCGUACAAGGCCCUCAACGACGCUUGCCCGUACUCGAAGUUCGCCCACUUGACCGCGAACCAAGCAAUCCUGGAAGCCACCGAGAAGGCCAGCAAGAUCCACAUCGUCGACUUCGGGAUAGUCCAGGGAGUCCAGUGGGCGGCUCUCUUGCAAGCCCUCGCCACCCGCUCCACCGGAAAGCCCGACCGAAUCCGGAUCUCCGGCAUCCCCGCCCGGGCCCUCGGGGACAACCCGGCCCCCUCGCUCCUCGCCACGGGCAAUCGCCUCCGCGAGUUCGCGAAGCUCCUCGAGCUCAACUUCGAGUUCGACCCGAUUCUAGCUCCUAACGAUUCCCUGGACGCCUCCAGCUUCCGGGUCGACCCGGACGAGGACCUGGCCGUCAAUUUCAUGCUCCAGUUGUACAACCUCCUGGGCGAGACCUCCGCCGCGGUCGACGGGGCGCUCCGGCUGGCGAAGUCGCUGGGCCCGAAGAUCGUCACGCUGGGUGAGUACGACGCGUCGCUGAACCGGGCCGCGUACCCUGCCCGGUUCAAGAACGCGCUGGCCUACUAUGCCGCGGUGUUCGAGUCGCUCGAGCCGAUGGGCCGCGACUCCCCGGAGCGGCAGGAGGUCGAGAGGCUGCUGCUGGGGGGGAGGAUCGCGCGGUCGGUCGGGCCGGAGGGGCCGGGGAUGGAGAGGGAGCGGAUGGAGGACAAGGAGCAAUGGAGGGUCCUGAUGGAGCGGGCCGCCGGGUUCGAGGCGGUGCCGCUCAGCAACUACGCGGUGAGCCAGGCCAAGAUACUGCUGUGGAACUACAAGUACAGCUCGCGGUACUCGCUGGUGGAUUCUCCACCUGGGUUUCUCUCCCUAGCUUGGAACGAGCUGCCUUUGCUUACUGUCUCUUCGUGGCGUUAAUGGAGGUCUCUUUCAAUUUUCAUCUUUUUUCUUCUUGGGGGAGGAGGGGGCUUAAAUGGGUGUAUAGGUAACAUCUUUCAAAAGGGUAAUUUUUGUUCUUGCUGCUACAUUUCUAUGUAAUUAAUCUUUGGGUAAUGGUUUUGAUGAUCCGAAAUCGAUUAGCGGUGAGACUAGUCCAGAGCUUACAGUCAGAUCAGACAUGGUGUGAAAUCGAAGCUGUUUCAUUUGGAUUUUACUUGGUCCUUGGUUAGUUUCCAGAAGUUGGUUCUUCCUUAGCUUGAGUUUUACUCCUCCUUUCUUGCCUAUGAACUCUAGUUUGCCCUUCUUCUUCUUCUUCUUCUUUCUUCUCUCUUUUGGGAUUUUGGGAUUAAUAUAGGUGAAGAAGCAAAUGUAAAAAGGGGACACUUGUGUACCCAAGAAUUGAAUUAGGUUUUUCUUUUUGGCUCGGACAUGUGUAAUUCUUGUACAUUAGUUUUUGUUUCGCUCACUCAAUUCCUGUAGAUUGAAACAUUUGAAGUCAGCAGAUGAUGAAUACUGAUUGAUACCA